GACGUGGUCCCCCAUUGUGCAAUGCAUCCAUGUGACAACAUGCUGUAUUGUGAGAGUUGCGAUCUCGUUUUUUGUCAACAAUGUCAAGAAACUUCAUCAAAUAAGAAAUGCUCACAGCACACGGUGAUCCCGUUGGCAAUCGCGUUGAAACGAAUGAGUGAGAUCAUGUUGUACAGAACAAAGAGUCGAUUGAAAGCACUUGAACAGGCUCAAACGGCUAUCAACGAAGAAAUCCGACUUUUGGACACUAAUGCCGACACGAUUGUUGAUCAAAUCAACUCCGCAUUUCAGGAAGUAUCACAUAUCAUUGAAACAAGACGACGAGAAUUACUUGAAAGUGUUCGUGUACGGCGAGAUGAUAAAAGAAAGGUUCUUCGAGAUCAAAUGGAAAGCCUUUCUGAUGAAAUGAAGAAAUUGGAUAAGGAAUUGGAGAGCGGAAGUCUUGAUGUGCGCGAGUUGGGUAGACGAAUUCGUGAAUGGGAAUCGAAUGGAGCAAGUCGAAUGGAUAUCGAACCACGAGAGAACGCUUUUCUACGAUUGAACACCAAUGACAGUCAGCUCACACAGGAGGUGCAACGCUGUGUCGGAGCAUUCGGUGCUUUAACAGCUUCAUCGACUUUCCCCGGUGCAUCGACAAUUGACCAAACCGAAUCAGCUACCACUCAUACAGAAACUUUAUUGAAAGUGACCACAUGUGAUGUAAAUGGAAAGCUUAGAAAUACUGGUGGUGAUCCGAUUAGCGCUUGCAUUGAAGGAGAUGGAUGUGAGAACUACAAUUGUUCGGUGAAAGAUAACGAUGAUGGAACAUAUGAUGUCAUUUUUCGUAUUCGUGAUCCGGGAGAAUACCGGGUAAAUGUGAAGAUUUUUGGAAGACCCGUAAAGAAUAGCCCGUUUUUAGUCACCGUCGAGAGCCACCAUUCACCAAGAUGGCAAUUGGCUGUGGAAUUGCGUCAACCGACCCGCGUUUGCCUUCAAGGCCCUCAUAUUUUCUAUGUACUUGACACGGGAAAUAAUCGAAUUCGUAUCGUAAAAGACAAUGGUGAUGUGAUCAAUGACAUCUUUUCGCCGUGUUUGGAGGGUGGCAGUGCUGUCGGAAUGGCUAUGAUCGAUGCUGAGCAUUUAGCCGUGCUAAAUUGGAAAACGAAAAGUGUCAAUCGGAUCGAUACAAAGGGAAUUGUUUCAGAGAAAAUGACUUUUGCCGAGUUUCAAGAGCCGAUCGAUUUAGCGGUGGAUAGAAGAGGACGGCUAUUGAUAGCUGAUGCUGACAAGGUUUUCGUUUUUGAUGCCACUUUCCGAUAUCUUUUCUCAUUUGCCGCAAAACAGCAGCAAAUCACUUGUGUCAAUGUUGGUCUAAAUGAUGAUAUAAUGGUUGGCACCAAGCAUGGACUUCAACUCUUUGAUGGAGCCGGGCGGUUCUUGAGAGAAAUCCCCGUGAAUCUCGAGGAAAAACGUUCAAUGAUGGUCACCUCGUGUGCGGUGUGUCCAUCCACAGCAAGAAUUAUUAGCGGAGUUGUCGAUCCGAAAACGAAUCGCGCUCAGUUGGCCGUCUCGCAAUACAAGGGUCAAUUCGUCUUCCACAUCGACUCAUUCGGCUCUCGUUUGAGGCGCCCGUGUGGUUUAUCUGUGGCCGGCGGGGAUCGAGUCGGCCAAUGUUUUGUUGUUGAUCAUGCCUGUCACACUGUUCGAAUCAUUGUAAUGCCUAGUGAAGAGGCCCGGAAAAAGAUGAGGCUCGACUCGAAUGAUGAUUUUAUGACGGAUUACGCUCAACAAGCAAAAAGGCUUGGUGAACUGCUUACCCGGGUUCUCAGCAUUGAAAAGGCUGAAUUUUCUGGUGCUAAUGUAAAUAACCUCAAGAGUUGCAUCGACGAAUUGGUCAAACAGGGAACACAAUUGAGUAAAUCUGGAGUUCACGAUCUUUUCCUUACCGCUUGUACUUCGUUUGAGCAAAUCGCUUCCACUGCCGAUCAACCAUCAGAAGGUCCAUCGAUUGGUGCUGUGCUUUAUAUUCCGAAACUAGAUACCGUGGAGCAAUCACCUGAAGGUCAAGCAUUCAGCUAUGUCCUUGGGAUUUAUAACCGGAUUCAACGGGAGCUCAAAAGCGAGUUUACUUUGGAAAACGAGUACUCGUUUUGUGAAAUAUUGCUUCAGCAUCUGUACUCGGUUACUGGGAUGCUACUUGCUGGUGAACUGGCUCCAAAAUUGAGCGGUCGGGUUGCUCGACUUGCCUUCUGUAAACGAAUGUAUCUAGCAUUAAUGCCAGAAGUAUUUCUUCAAACCUUUGUCGAGCAUCUUUGCUUAAAAGCGUCUUCGAAGUUUGUACAGAUCUUUGAUUUGAUCCUCACACAGCAAAAGGACUCGUUGGUUGGGCAAUCAGUGGUUCAUCAGCACGAUAAUAUUGUCGAUCUUCCUUAUAAGUUAAUAAUUGCCCUACUCAAGCUUCGAGUUAAAACAGGACAAGACUCUGCAGGGAAAGAUGUUUUUAUCCGACCGUUUGCGGAUUUGAUUGCAAAUCGUGAAGACUUUGUGCCAGAAUGCUUAGGUGAUUUGCCUGGCCGAGAAAUUCAACGGACUUCUUUCUUGGGACCUUUCUUCGAUUUUUCUUUACCCUGCGAUGAAGGCAGUUUGAGAACAUCCGAAAAUUUCUUUGGCGUAGAAGAACGUCCUCGUGAAAGUGAACUUCGUGGAUUUUACCUGCCAUAUCAAAACCGAAUCAAUGCUUUCCGGACUCACUUGCUUGAAAUCAGCAAAGCUUUACUCGGAAACGUAUCAAGUAGAAGCCGAACGUUGGAUUUCUUUGCUGCAAUCAUUAAGCACAAUGCAAAAAGAGCUCAGAUGAGGGCUGAUUUCUCAAAAUUGGCGAGCCACGGCUUUAUUUUCAAUAUAUUGUGCAUACUCUACGAUAUGUCAUUUCCUAUCGACUACAAGAAGGUCAAUCCUAGUUACCCGCUUUCGAAAGGAGCACGUGUGGACAUAUCUGAGCAAACACGUUUCCAAAUGGACUUGAACGAUGCUCGCGAAUAUGCUGAUCAACUCUAUCCACCAAGCGCUGAAUCACCCCCAGAGAACUUCUCUACCGAGUGUUUCUUCCUUACAAUGCAAUGUGAAAAUAUUGGAAUGAAUGGCGCAAUCAAUCGAUUGAAGGGCUUGAAACAACAUAUUGGCACUUUACGAGAUAGGCUUGAGAACCUCGAAGAAGAACUACGAAGAAUGCCUGAAAGUCCAAUGGCAGACUUUUCGAAACAACAACUCAAGAAAGAAAUUGAACAUAUUAAGAAGAAUAAAACGCGUAUCGUUCGAGGAAUUAUGUGCUUUGAGGCUCUCAUACAAGAUGAAGCAUACCUCACUAAAGCUUUGGAUUUUUCGUCAAAACAACUUUCACUUUUGAUCAACGGAAUAAAUGGAGAUUUUACCGUUAAUGGAAUCUUGCCGCCGACGUGCCCCCCUCUUUUUGCCGCCUACCCUGAAUUUUAUCUCGACAAUUUGCUUGAUCUCUUCAGCUACUGCUUACAAAAAACUCCUAUGAUCUUGUCAAUGCAGGUCAAUUUCCCGGUACAAUUGCUAAUCUUUUUGUGCUCGCAAACUUUUGUUCGAAAUCCAUUCUUGUCAGCAAAGGUUGUGGAAGUAGUUGCUCUUGUGGCCCGAAUGCCUUUAUUGUGGAAUCCUUUGAUCAAUCAUCCAGUUGCACUUCGCCUCCUUCUACCGUCUCUUGUCAAAUUCUAUGCGUUUGUUGAGGAAAGAACCGAUUUUUAUGAGAAAUUUUCCAUCAGAUAUCAUAUUCAGACUAUUUUCAAGAUUCUUUGGGACAACAUUAUUUACCAGGCGACUUUGAUUGAUCUAGCAAAAGAGUGCUCUGAUGAUUUCAUUCGUUUCAUCAACAUGAUCAUUAACGAUGCUACUUUCCAUCUGGAUGAGAGCUUGGCUGGUUUGAAGAAGAUCCACGAUAUUGAAGGCAUUAUGAACAAACGGGAAGAAUGGGCUAGUAUGAACCAGGAAGAACAACAAGGAAAGAUGGAAGCUUUAGAUGAGGCAAAACGUAUGGUUCGAAACUGGUUGUAUUAUGCCAACUAUACCCUAGAUCUUCUUGGUUAUUUAACAGCCGGAGCUGCAGAGCCAUUCCUCAAACCGAUUCUUGGAGAAAGAUUGGCCACGAUGCUCGACCACAAUAUAUCUCAACUUUGUGGAAAGAAAUGCUCGGAAUUGAAAGUUCGCGAUGCUGAACAACGCUUCAAUUGGAAGCCAAAGGAACUUGCGACUCAGGUUGUGAUCAUUUAUCUCAAUCUUUCCGGGGAAGAGUUUGCUGAAUACAUCGCCAAAGACGAACGCACUUACAAACCUCAAUUAAUGACUGAAAUAAUCCAACGAAUGCUUCACUCUCGUGUUGUUUCCGAUACGCAUCGAGAACUUUUCACGGGACUUAUGCAACAAGCCGAACAAAUUUACAAAAAUAGGCAAAGUGAGGAAGAGGAAUUGGACGAUGCUCCUGAUGAGUUCUUGGACCCAUUGAUGAACACUUUGAUGCGUGAUCCAGUAAAGACUCCAUCUGGAAUGGUGUUUGAUCGAGUAGUGAUCACUCGUCAUCUAUUAACGAGCAAAACGAAUCCGUUCACUCGAGAAGCUCUUGAUGAUAAAGAAUUGCAAUCAGAUGACGAACUACGAGAACGCAUCAACCAGUGGAUUCGUGAAAAACUAACUGCGAAGGGUAAAAAA